AAAGUGGCCGCCUCUCUGCUGUUGCUGCCGACUCAAAGCUCACAGACUCGCUCGGCGCCCGAAACCGCCAUUUUGGAGUCAGAGAACCGAGAGUCGGCAGCAACGAAGAGAGAGGCGUAAAGGGGGACACGGGGCCGAGGGGUUGUCACCUUAGUCUGAUUAUUACUCCUGAAAUGAAAGAUUAUGGCAUUCCUUACUGAGAAGUAAAAGUUGCUGCCCCGCUGGGCAGAGCUGUCUGUGCUGCAUGGCGUCAGGGCAGGGUGGUCGGCUGGAAGUUGGAUCAUUAGGGAGCUCCGGCCUGGCCAAACCUCUCUACUUGCAGCGCUUGGAAAGAUCUCUGAGGUUGGACAGUUUCUUGCGCCAGACCGCCACUGUCUUCAACAGAGACAUUACCAGUGAUGACAGUGAUGACAGUGAUGAUAGUGACAGUGCAUUGGGAUCAGGGCUUUCCCUGGACCCCUCCGCCCAGCAUACAGCAUUGACAGUGAAGACUGAACCAUGUGAGCAAGGGGAUGGGCUGACGGAGGGGAAGCCCCUCAAUGGAGUUCUGCUGCAAGACCAAAAGGCAGAUAAAGCUAGUUUUUACAAUUUCUCCAAGCUGAAGAAGAACAGGAAAUGGCUGAAGAGUAUCCUGCUGACUGAUGACACCACAGACUCGGACACAGACUCAGAUGACUCCGACUUCUGUUUAUCUCGGGAGGAGCUGCAUGACAUGCUAAGGCUACAUCGCUUCACCAGGCAGCAUCAGAGCAAGUUCCACUCUGAGCGAGAGCUUCACCAAUAUCAGUAUUACAGCACCGGCCUCCUCUCCUCUCAUGACCCCUUCUAUGAGCAACAGCGCCACCUACUGGGCCCAAAGAAGAAGAAAAUCAAAGAUGAGAAGAAAUUUAAGGCCAAACUGAAAAAGAUAAAGAAAAAGAAGAAGCGUGGAGAGGGAGACUUUCUGGAGGAGGGGCGUCCGUAUGUCACAAAGAUCUUUGCAAAGUUUUCCCAUGAUGCUCCGUUGCCCAUGGUUAAAAAGAAACAUCUCACCAUUGAGCAGCUGAAUGCACGUCGACGUAAGGUCUGGCUAACCAUCGCUAAAAAGGAAAUCCCCAAGACUUUCAAGCAGAAGACCUCUGCGAAGAACUUAGUAUUGACUAAUGCUAAAAAGCUGGCUCAUCAUUGUAUGAGAGAGGUUCGACGAGCAGCCAUCCAGGCCCAGAAGAACUGCAAGGAGACGUUACCCCGGGCUCGCCGCCUCACCAAGGAGAUGAUGCUCUACUGGAAGAAGUAUGACAAAGUGGAGAAGGAGCACAGGAAGAGGGCGGAGAAGGAGGCGCUUGAGCAGCGUAAACUGGACGAGGAAAUGAGAGAAGCUAAGCGUCAGCAGCGUAAACUGAAUUUCCUCAUCACGCAGACUGAGCUGUAUGCUCAUUUCAUGGGCGGUAAAGCUAGUAUGGGGGGUGCAGAGGGAGAAAAGGCUCAGGAGGACAUUCUAAGUAAGCUGGAAGACACUGCAGCACAGAGACAGAUCGACAUCGGAGGAGGUGUAAUGGUCAACAUGGGACAGGAGGACUAUGACAGUGAACACUACAAAUCCAAGGCCUUGAGGAAUGCCAAAGAAGCCUACCAGAUUCAUCAAGAGCGAACACGCAUGUUUGAUGAGGAAGCCAAGGACAGUCGCAGUGCGUCGCUGCACACAGCUGGCUCCUCCUCAGGUGCUGGCUCCGGGUUUGGGGAGAGCUACAGCCUGUCAAACCCUUCCAUCCAUGCUGGUGAAGAAAUUCCUCAGCCCACCAUCUUCAAUGGCAAACUGAAGGGUUACCAACUCAAGGGGAUGAACUGGCUGGCCAACCUCUAUGAACAGGGAAUCAAUGGAAUCCUGGCAGACGAGAUGGGCCUGGGGAAGACGGUGCAGAGUAUCGCCUUGUUGGCACACCUGGCAGAGAGAGACAACAUCUGGGGUCCAUUUCUGAUCAUCUCUCCUGCAUCAACUCUCAACAACUGGCACCAGGAGUUCACCCGCUUUGUGCCCAAAUUCAAGGUGUUGCCAUACUGGGGGAAUCCUCACGAUCGCAAAGUGAUCCGGAAAUUCUGGAGCCAGAAAACCCUCUACACACAAAACGCACCUUUCCAUGUGGUCAUCACGAGCUACCAGCUGGUUGUUCAGGACGUCAAGUACUUUCAGAGGGUCAAGUGGCAGUACAUGGUCCUGGAUGAGGCUCAGGCACUGAAGAGCAGCAGCAGUGUUCGGUGGAAAAUUCUGCUGCAGUUCCAGUGUCGAAACAGACUGCUGCUCACCGGGACACCCAUCCAGAACACCAUGGCUGAGCUGUGGGCCCUGCUGCACUUCAUCAUGCCCACACUCUUCGAUUCUCACGACGAGUUUAACGAGUGGUUCUCCAAGGACAUCGAAAGCCACGCCGAAAACAAGUCUGCCAUCGACGAGAACCAGCUUUCCAGAUUGCACAUGAUCCUGAAGCCUUUUAUGUUGCGCAGAAUAAAGAAGGAUGUGGAAAAUGAGCUAUCAGACAAGAUCGAGAUCCUGACCUACUGCCAGCUGACCUCCCGGCAGCGGUUGCUCUACCAGGCUCUGAGGAACAAGAUCUCCAUCGAGGACCUGCUGCAGUCCUCCAUGGGCACAGCCCAGCAGGCCCACAGCACCACCUCCUCCCUCAUGAACCUGGUCAUGCAGUUCAGGAAGGUGUGUAACCACCCCGACUUGUUUGAGCGCCAGGAAACUCGCUCUCCUUUCCACAUGCACCUCAAACCCUACAUCAUGUCUAAGUUCCUCUACCGGCACGGCCUCAUCCAUGCACACAACCAGGCCAAAAACAAGUUACUUCAAGUGCUGUUGUCUCCCUUCUCUCCACAUCACAUCCAGCAGUCUCUUUUUCACAGAAAAGGUGAUGACAAAGGAAGCUGUUUCUCCUUCCUGCGCUUCAUCGAUGUGUCACCAGCUGAGAUGUCCAACCUCAUGUUACAAGGCACUUUAGCGAGAUGGUUAGCCCUUUUUCUCUCUCUAAAAGCGGCGUACCGGCUCCACAACCAACGCCUUUUCAGCCUCGAAGAAGAAGAAAAUCAGGAGCCAAACACGGACUUGGAGGAGGACAGAGGAAGGUCACAGCCCAGGAGUAAGUGUCUGUCUCGCAAGGACCUUAUUCUGUGGCCAAACAGACCCACCAGUUUCCCAAACACGCACACGAGCUCAGUCCUACAGGAGCUGAUAUUCACAGCCUACAAGCCCGGCACUGUUGGACACGCAGACGCGACGAUCCACAGUCGAAGCUCUGCCGCCUCCUCGCUGCGUCCCUGUCACCCCACACAGCCACCCAAGUUCCUGCUGACUGCCACACCCAGGGUGACAGCAGUUCCCAUGGAGCGUUAUUGUGACGACCGCAGUGCAGAAUACGAGUGGCGGGUGACACGCGCCGGAGGGGGCACCAUCUUCAAACAGUGCUUCCUUUACGGCACCCCUGAACUGGCCUCAGGCUGGCGAACUAAGUCUAACUCCUUCCACCCUCAAUGCCCUGGGGGUGUGAUGGCCAUCUACCCGCGGCAUGGAUGGUCCUACAUUCGGAUACCUGAUAAGGAGAGCCUUAUCACAGAAAGUGGCAAGCUCCACACCUUGGAUAUCCUGUUGAGUCAGUUGAAGGCCCAGGGACACAGAGUCCUCAUCUACUCCCAGAUGACGCGUAUGAUAGACCUGCUGGAGGAGUACAUGGUUUAUCGUAAGCACACCUACAUGCGCCUGGACGGAUCCUCCAAGAUAUCUGAGCGCAGAGACAUGGUGGCUGACUUCCAAAGCCGGACUGAUAUCUUUGUUUUUCUGCUGAGUACGAGGGCUGGAGGGCUCGGCAUCAACCUGACUGCUGCCGACACGGUUAUCUUCUACGACAGUGACUGGAACCCCACAGUGGACCAGCAGGCCAUGGACAGAGCUCACAGGCUCGGUCAGACCAAGCAGGUCACAGUGUAUCGCCUCAUCUGUCAGGGAACCAUCGAGGAAAGGAUCCUGCAGAGGGCCAAGGAGAAGAGCGAGAUCCAAAGAGUGGUUAUCUCUGGAGGCAACUUCAAACCAGACACACUCAAACCCAAAGAGGUGGUCAGCCUGCUGUUGGACGAUGAUGAGCUGGAGAAGAAAUUGCGUCAGAGACAGGAAGAGAAGAGGCAGCAGGAGGAGUGCAGCAAGGUUAAGGAGCGCAAGAGAAAGCGGGAGAAGUACGCUGAGAAGAAGAAGAACGAGGAGUCUGAGAACAAGAGGAAAAAGGAGGUGAAUCUGGUCAUCUCUCAUGCACCAUCAGCUGACAACUCAAACCUGUCUGCAGAUGGAGAUGACUCCUUCAUCAGUGUGGAGAUGGACUCGGCCAUGCCCAGUCCUUUCAGUGAGAUCUCCCUGAGCAGCGAGCUGCAGCCUGGCUCGUUACCACCGGAUGCCGACGCAGACGAGAGUAGCAGCGACAUGCUGGUCAUCGUCGACGAUCCAGUGUCCUCCGCCCCGCAGUCUCGUGCCACCAACUCCCCCUCCUCUGUGUCUGGAUCAGUAUCUGACAACAUGAAUGGUGUUUCAGCCUCUGAUACAACCAGUCCUGGCAGGGGCAGGUCUGGGCGAAGUCGAGGGAGGCCUAAAGGCUCAGGAAGUGGAGCGAAGUCUGGAGGGAAGGGACGAGGGCGCAAGUCAACAGCGGGCAGUGCAGCAGCCAUGGCAGGGGCCAUGGCUGGAGCAGCAGCUGCAUCUGCAGCAGCUUAUGCUGCAUACGGUUACAGUGUUUCUAAAGGGACACAUUGACCAUGUCCAUAUCGGUCCUUCCUUCCAGGGGGCCUCUCUGCCUCUCAGCCUUCUGUGGGCCGGUCCGGUACCAGCCCUGCCUUCAACCCCAGCAGGAGCUCCUCCCCCCAGGCCAAAGGAGGCGCCUCCACUCCGAGCCCCCACAAGCAGCUGGCCCAUGGCCACCACCAUCACCACCACAGCAGCCACGGCGCAGUCAGGAAGGGAAAGGGCCCUGCCGGUCCUGGGGCUCGAUAAUGCACUCAUAUAUACAUAAGUGCACGUACGCACAACUGCAACAGAUAACUAACCUAUUCUCACUGUGAUCUCCACAGACGCACUACGUCUGAAAUAACUGAUGGAGAAUACAGUAAAUGACACUGGAGGACCAUGCUGUCUGCUGGCUCAGUGACUAACGCUGCGUUUCCACUGAAAGUAGCUGGGACUUUUAGUCACAGGAGCUGCCUCUAUGAAUUAAAGGUUCCUCCAACCCAUGGUGUCUGCAUUUCCACCGAGGUCUAACAAUGUAAAGCUUAGGCAAAUUAGUCUACUGAUGUGUGAAAGAGUCUUCUGAAUGCUGCAAGUACUCAACCAAUCAAAGUUGUUCCUUGCUGCAAGCCCUACACCAAAACCUCCUGUUCUUUCUUAAAGCUCUAACUCUAGCAGGAACCUUUUGGGGGUAGACCCUGGUCCAGUAGAAAUUCAGUGAAAACCUUCUUAGAUCCCUUGUCCUGUGGGAGAGUUCCUGCGGUGGGAACAUAGUU